AUGAGCAACUCGUUAGAAGAACGUUUGAAGAGCAAUUCGAGCGCUUUUGAAGGGCUUUUGUCUCUAAUUCCAGCGAAGUACUAUUACGAUGAGAAGACACAGGAACAAUGGAAAGCGAAGAAGAAGAGCAAAGGCCAACUAAAGGAGGACAAGAAGGCGAAGCUAGAUCCUGAGCAGCAAAAUGAGGAGAGUGGGUCUGCUUUGGAUGUGUUGAAGAAGAAGCAGGCGAGUGCGAAGCCGGUAGUUUUGCCUGGGCAAAGAAAGAUGCCUGUUGAAGAGGAAGUAGAAGAGGAGGAGGAAGAGGAAGAGGAAGAGGAAGAAGAAGAAGAGGCUGAAGCAGAUCAAGAAGCUUCUGAAGUCUCCGAAGUUGCGUCAGUUGGGGAGUCUGAGAGUAUAACUGUUGUUUUCGAUGAUGAUGGUAACCCAGUGGACGGGAACUCUAGUACUACAGAAACACCAAGCAAGGCUUCCAACAAGGAGUUGUCGAAGGAACAAGCGUUGAAGGAAGAGGCUUUAAAGAAGAAGAAGAUGGAGGAAUUGCGUUCAAAGCUACAGGAAAAGAUUAAGGCUCUGAAAGAAAAGAGAAAAGCUCCAGGGACCAAGGUAGACGGUGCUCCAAGCUCCAGAGAGGCUAUUCUUGCGCAAAGAAAGCGCAGACAGGAAGCCAGAGCUGCCAAGAAGCUAGAUUCUGAGAAUCCUGGUGAUGUGUCUUCGGAUGAUAGUGGGGCGGAUUCAGACUCAGACUCAGAAGUGGAAGAUGGGCACGUUUCCAAGAAGCAGCGUCGUGGUGACGACGAGAUCAGUGCGAAGGAUGUUAUGUUCCAAAGCAUCGAAUUUAGCGAUGGGACCAAAGCAACAUCGGAUCUUUCUCACGUCAGAAAGGGCGAACGUAAGAAGGGCCCUGCUAAGAAGGACGUCAAGGCUCACUUGAGGCUCCUAGAGUCAAAGAAACAGUCUAUAGAGUCCAAGGACGAGUUGGAUCAGAUAAAGAUAAAGGAAAAAGAAAAAUGGCAAAAGGCCAUGCUACAAGCAGAGGGGAUCAGACUAAGAGACGACGAGAAGCUCCUAAAGAAGGCGUUGAAGCGUAAGGAAGCCAAGAAACGUAAGUCUGCUAUAGAAUGGCGCGAACGUAAGCAAGUUGUGGAGAACACUGUAGCGGAAAGACAAAAGAGAAGAGAAGAGAAUCUACAAAUAAGAAAGGAUAACAAGGGUAAGAAGAGGAGCAAACAACAAAAAAUGAAGAGAAAGUUCAAAGGAACUGCCCACUUACCUAAAAGAGCCGGAUUCGAAGGCCGUUUGAAGAGCGUAAAGAAGAAAUAG